GUGGGAGAUUCAGCCACCUCAGCGCGAACGUUCUCCCUUAGACAAGAUGCAGAAGACACGUCGUUCCGAAGCAAGUUUCGGGAUGACCUUUCAAUACAAAAUUCUGGAUGGAGCUCCCAACGACAAUACUCAUUACGGCCUGGAACUCGCAACGCUGGCUGAUCUACCUGAAGAUGCACUCAAAGAAGCCCAUCGAGUGGCUAAUCAUCUGGCUGAAUUGCAAACCCGACACCGAGGACACAGCGAGAGCAGCAAGAUCGCAUCGAGAAGAAAAGCUUUGCUGAGGCUCCGCACGCAACUUACUCAAGCAUACGAACAUUCCGCACUUCCGGAUAAGGAGCUUCUGGAUUAUAUUGCGCGGUUCCAAACGGAUAUCACCAAGGCGUUUCUCUAUAAUGAUUCGUGA